GCUUGUUGAGGGCUAGUGCAGUGACGAUGCUACACCUAACACGCCGAUUCACAGGAUACGUCCUUCAGAGGCCGUCUUCGCCAGUCCGACGAUUUACUCAAUCAGUCAUUCGUUUGAACUCAUCCGACAAGCUAGAAGAGGAAACGCUGCCCUGGUACUCCCCCGACCAAUUCUACCCAGUGAAAAUAGGGGAGACAUUUCGCUCUAGAUACCUAGUAGUCGGGAAACUAGGCUAUGGAGGAUACUCCACGGUGUGGCUUUGCAGGGAUCUACAACAACAUGCCCACGUUGCAUUGAAGAUAUAUGAACGUGACUCUGCCCAUGGCGAAAGAGAAACAGAGGUGUAUAAUCAUCUCAAAAGCGUCGAGUCAGAUCUCACGGGCUCUGUCCUAGUUCGACAUACACUAGAUGCCUUUCAGAUUAGCUCUGGUGACUCUUCCCAUCAAUGUCUCGUGCAUCCGCCUUUAGGCAUGAGUCUGUUCGAGCUACGCAACCGGGCUCGAGGGAAGGUUCUUCCGGAGAAUGUAGUCAAGCCGGCCUUGAUCCAUAUUCUUCUUGCGCUGGACUUUCUGCAUACCGAUGCUCGUGUUGUUCAUACUGACAUACAAGAAAAGAACAUCAUGCUCAGUGUAGAGGAUGAGUCAAUCCUGGUCGACUUCGAAGAAGCGGAGAAAUCCGAUCCAAGCCCACGGAAAGUCAUCGGAGAUCGUGUCAUCUAUUCUUCUCGGAAACUUGGCAUUCCUAAGAUACAUGGCCGUCCUAUCUUAUCUGAUUUUGGUGAUGCUCGGUUUAUAUCGAGUUUAGGUACACAGUGGGAGGAUGUGCAGCCGUGGAUCUACCGGGCUCCUGAGGUAGUAUUGCGGAUGCCAUGGGAUGAGAAGAUCGAUACUUGGAAUGUAGGGGUUCUUGCCUGGGAUCUAUUCGAACAGGGACACCUUUUUUAUGCCCGGGAUGCCGAAAAGAACGCUUCCGAUGCUCAUCAUCUGGCUGAGAUGGUAGCAAUUCUUGGACCGCCGCCAAAAGACAUCCUUCAACGGAGUGAGUAUGCGAGCAACUUUUUCGAUAACGAAGGUAAUUGGAAAGGCGCCGCCAAGAUACCCUCUAUAUCUUUAGAGAAACUUGAGGGAAGGCUGGAAGGGACACACCAAGAACAAUUUCUCUGCUUCUUGCGCAAAAUGCUCCGGUGGAAACCAGAGGAUCGGGCCUCUGCGAAGGAAUUGUUAUCGGAUCCUUGGUUAAAGUCGACUUGACUCAAGUGGCGCUCAAAGCGCUCGAUUCUAAGCUCUCCACUCUACAUACCUAGAAUAAAAUAAGAGUGCC